GUUCCCAUGGCUACUCAUCUCUCUCUUAUUUGCAGGUUUCUGAGGGAAACACCGGUGAUUUUAGGUGAAUUUUAUCACAAAACGCUAAGAAGACGACGUUUAUGGACUUUGUUCGGUGAGCGAUACGUAGAGAAUGGAGUCGACGGUGGAGAUUGAAUCUAGGGAUUCGUUCGAGGUGAGAUCGGAGGGGUUAGGUGAAAAGAGGCUGGCGGAGGAUGGGGAAGAUGUUGAAUUGGAGGGACCAGUGGCGAAGAAGGGGAGAUUUGGUGGUGGUGGUGGAGUGGUGGGGAAUAUGAAGAAGGUGGCGGAGAUAGUGAUGGUGUUGGCAGCGAUGGGGAAGAUGAGGGGAGGGAGGAGUCCAACGGUGGCGGAGAAGGAGAUGAUGGCGGAGGCGAGAACAAAGUUGGUGGAAGUGUGUGGAGGGUUUGCGCCGAAGGAUGUGUUUCCGAGGGACGCAUUUGGAACAGUUAUUGAAGAUCUUGGGCUCAAUAAUUUGAGGGAACAGAGGUUAGGGUUUCGGCCUCCCAAGAUGUCGAUUGCAGAGAAGUUGUUGAUCACCAAGCGUAAGAUGGAAAAAUCUUCUGCUGCAUAUUUAUCUCAACGUUUACAAACGAAUUCUGGUGCAGCCACUGAAAACCGUGGGACAUCACAUGCUGUUCGAAUGUUUCCAUCAGAUAAGCCCUCACCAGUUUCUUCUGGAGGCUUUCAACCUGUUUCUGCAGCAAAUUCUACAUCUUUGCCAUAUCAGUUGCCCACCAGCGAAGUAAGACCAAUGGUUUCCAGUGGAUUGACUAGCAGUCAUCUGGGAAGGGAUUCUUCAUUAGAAUUGCCUAAAGUUGAACGACCACAUUUCAGACUGGAUGAAAGAUCAAAUGGUUCUUCCUACGUAUUACAAGCCCCAGCAAAUUCUUCUGGUGAUCACACAUUUGGGAAAACCCCAACGUGGUCGGUGCAAACCCAGUCUGCUUCAUCAGCUAAAGUUGGAUCAGAUAAUAAGGUGCCAUCUCAUACUUCUGCUAAAGUUGAGGGGGCUGCUGAUAUGAGGAUAUCACCGAUGACCCCUCAGGCAGUAUCAUCUAAGCCAUUUACAAGUCAAGCCCCGAGCAUGCAUCAACAUUUACAUGGAAUGAAUUUUGUUCAAGCUCCCUCUGUGGGCAAUGGCCACAAUGAAAUUGGUAAAAUUGUUCAGAAGUUAUUACACCCACAGCUCCCGCAGCACCCAACAUGGAUUCCUCCAUCAAGGGAUUAUAUGAAUAAGGCUGUGACUUGCCAAGAGUGCAAGCAAACUAUUAAUGAUGUGGACAGUGUUCUUGUUUGUGAUGCAUGCGAGAAAGGGUUCCACUUAAAAUGCCUACAGUCUUCUAAUCAAAAGGCUGUUCCUAGAGGUGAAUGGCAUUGUGGAAAGUGUUUGGCAUUAAGCCAGGGGAAACCCUUGCCCCCCAAGUACGGUCGGGUCACAAGGAAUAUAAAUGCACCUAAAAUGUCUUCAAUCACUUCCUCUGUUCAGUCACCUGUAGGGAAGAAAAUGGGGAGUUUAGCUGAGAAAGUGAGUCAGCCAAAGAUAUCAGCAAAUGGAAACUCUAAUUUACUAAGUGCUCCUACUGGUACCAUGGGCAAUAGCAGUAGCCAUCCAGCAUCUGGUUUAAAGACGGUACUUGACGGAGAAAUGCAAGGAAAUGAUAUUGUAUUAAGUAAAGGAAAUAUAGAUGGCAAGCCGCCUCCCAAUCAUUGUCCAAAUAACUUGAAGAAAGCCUCAGUGGCUGCAUGUGUUUCUCCUGCUGGCUUGUCAGGUGAAAGAACACGUGAAGAUAAACUGGUUUCUGAAUCAAAGUCACAUUCUCCUGCAAAAUCUGAGAUAGUCACCUCUGAAUCACAAGCCCCUGGCAAUGCCCAAGAUAAUGACCCAAUAUUGCUGGCAAACAGUUCUGAAAUUCCAUUAAAGCAAUGUCCUAAUGACAACCAUAUGCUUGAGGAUUCGGAGAAACCUUGUGGUGGAGAAAAUUUAAACUGUGAUUCAGAUCAUGAUACUAAGCAAGACAAGCAAGGAGUUACCCAAGCUAAUCCUGUUGAAGCUUCUGGAACCAGUAUUGGGGCUACAGAUAAUGGGUCUUCUUCAGACGGCUUACAUGGUGUUGAUUGGAUAGGCGAUGUACUCCAAGUAGCGGAUGAGAAAACAUAUUACCAGUCUUUCUGCGUCAAUGGAGUUGCAUAUAAAGUUCAGGAUUAUGUUCUUUUUCGUUCUAACAACAAAAUGAUGCCUUCUAAGCUUCAGGCCAUGUGGGAGGAUAGCAAAACCAGAUCAAAAUGGGUUACUGUUCAUCGGUGUUACUUUCCUGUUGACUUGCCGGAGGAGGUUGGCUGCCCUCCUGCGCCAGAAAGCAAUGAGGUGUACGAGUCCAAUCACGAGAGCACAUUAAUGGCUGCCUUUAUUCAAGGACCAUGUCAAGUUCUUACCCCAAGCAAGUUUAUUGAAGAAAGUGAAACAAGAGCUCUUUUAGGGAUGGAGGCAAAUGAGAGAUUACGGCCAAUUUUCCUGUGCAAGUAG